UGCCUCCCUCCCGCUCCCUCUCCCGCUCCUUCCCUCUCCCUCUCCCACUCCUUCCCUCUCCUGUCCGUCUCGUCCGUCGUUGCGCAUCUUCCCCUCCUCUUCCCACAUCGCCCAACCGCACAUGCAUGACCACAGUCCGGACGUCUUCACCAUCGUGUGCUGCAACGAGAGCUUCCAACUUGCCCUCGACCACAGCACAAUCAAGACCCUGCUCCAGGCAUGCAGACGGGCCCGGCCCCUGCUGAGCUCCAGGGUGGCUCGCUUCCUCACCUGGUGCCACAAUGCAGGACUGUUCUAUCCAGACGGAUCGCUCCUAAUCAGCCUCACACCCAGCGACAAAAUCGCCCUCUCGCUGCGCUGCGAUGAUGAAUGCCCAGUCGACCGAUCCUGGCUCGCUGCUCUCGCGGAGCAGGGGAACGCGGCCGCCUCGUAUUUCCUGGCCAGGAUCUUCCAAAUCGCCCUCUCCUUUCAACAGUCUGUCGAUGAGGACGCCGUGAAAGAGCGAAUCUUUGACCUUCUGAAGGACGCAGCCGACGCCGGCCAUCCGAUGGCACAGUUCCAUGUAGCCAAUCGCUUCUAUGACGGCUACGGAGUCGAACGAGACCAAGCCAAGGCCGCGGAGAUCUAUCGUGAUCUUGCAGAUCGUGGAAUGGUGCAAGCCCAAGUUGCUCUCGGUCGAUGCUACGAAAGCAGCGAAGGUGUCGAUCAGAGCUACGAUACAGCCGUCGAAUGGUACUCCAAGGCCGCUGAUCAAGGAAACGACGACGGCCGUCUCCGUAUCCUGUUCCUCCGUGGCUGGUUUGCAUUCAUCGGCCAUGGCGUCGAGCAAAGUGAUGCAGACGCACUCUCCCAAUGGCUGGAGGUCAGCACCAACUCCACCGACCCGGUCAUCAAACCCAUCGCCACCCACAUGGUUGGCUGGAUGUUCUACCUUGGCCGAGGUACUUUGCGCGACAAGCAAAAGGGAGUCGAGUUCAUUCGCAAGGGCCAGUCCCCCAUGUUUCCUCUCGGAGAAAGCGAGUGCCUGGCAGGUGAAUGGCUCGGCCCAUCUCGGUCCCCGGCGGCCCUCAAGUUCUUCAAGCUGUGCCAGCUUGGAUCCGAGCACGAGUGGCUCUGUAAGCACCUCAUGGCGCUGUGUCUUACUCGGGGAUUCGGGACGAAGCGGCGCGCAGAGCAGGCUGCAGCCAUAUUCGAAGAACUCGCCAACGAAGGCCGAAUUGAAAGCCAGUGCUGGAUCGGGGAGUGCUACUGCUAUGGCUGGGGGGUUGAUGAGAGCCAACCCAUGACACUAGAGUGGUACCGCAAGGCCGCUGAUCAAGGCGACUCGUACGGACAGUAUUGGGUUGGCGCUUGCUAUCGCUGGGGAAAUGGAGUUACCAAGGACCACACCCAAGCAGUCGAAUGGCUCCGCAAGUCGGCCGCACAGGGAAAUCGGUUCGGUCAAAAUCGACUCGGCGAUUGCUUCCGAAGUGGCGAAGGCGUCGAUAGAGACAUGGACGUGGCGAUCAGCUGGUGGCGCAAGGCUGCAGACCAAGGCUACAAAAAGGCGAUGAAUUCGCUUGUCAUACACUGUCAGCAACCUGAUCCCGAAGAUGCCUCCGAAUCCUAGCUGCCGACAGCCAUGUUGCAUUUUGCAGUCAAUACAUUGAUAUAAAAUGUGGAGUAGUACUGUUCCUUGAUUCAUUGUCGGUGUAGGUGUGCCGAGGGCAGUGUCGGUGUGGCUUUUCGAUCAUCCAGCAUAUACUUCACUCCACAGCGCUCGAUUCCCAGGA